CCAACCCAGGAGGGGGAGAGGCUCCCGUCUGCGGCACUGGAGACAGAGAAAAGGCCAGUGUCCCAGCAGAACGUGGCUCCGAGCUGGCGAGUCAUGGACGCCCUUGUCCGCCUCCUGCAGCUGCUGGUGCUGCUCCUGACACUGCCCCUGCACCUGCUGGCUCUGCUGGGCUGCUGGCAGCCCCUCUGCAAAAUGUGCUUCCCCUACCUGAUGGCCGCACUGACGGCCAAGUGCAACCGUAAGAUGGAGAGUAAGAAACAGCAGCUCUUCAUCCAGAUAAAGGGGCUUGCGGGAGCCUCCGGGAAGGUGUCCUUGCUGGAGCUGGGCUGCGGCACUGGGGCCAACUUCCAGUUCUACCCAGAGGGCUGCAGGAUCACCUGCCUGGACCCAAACCCCCACUUCGAGAAGUUCCUGACCAAGAGCAUGGCGGAGAACAGGCACCUCCAGUAUGAACAGUUUGUGGUGGCUUCCGGAGAGGACAUGAAAGGACUGGCGGACGGCUGCAUGGAUGUGGUGGUCAGCACCCUGGUGCUGUGCUCCGUGCAGAGUCCGAGGAGGGUCCUGCAGGAAGUCCACAGAGUGCUGAGGCCGGGAGGAGUGUUUUUUUUCUGGGAGCAUGUGGCUGAGCCACGUGGAAGCUGGGCCUUUCUGUGGCAGCAAGUUUUAGAGCCCACCUGGAAACACAUUGGGGAUGGCUGCCGCCUCACCAGAGAGACUUGGAAGGACCUCAAGAGUGCCCAGUUCUCUCAACUCCAAAUGGAACACCAGCCCCCUCCCUUCAAGUGGUUGCCUGUUGGGCCCCACAUCAUGGGAAAGGCUGUGAAAUAACCCUUCCCGGAGUCCUGCCUUCAGCCAGAGCAAUCCCACCCACCGGCUAACCUGUCUUCUCCUAAGAGGGAUCUAGUCAGAGAAGCCAUUCCCCCCACCAGCUCCUCUCCUUCCUUCCCCCAUCUCUGCCUGGCGUCUAAUUUCAAUCCUUCCUUCCAAAGUAUAAAAGCUCUAUUCCUAACCUGACCACAGGGAGGAAAGCAAUAUCCUGUCCUAUCCUUGCAAAUUCAUAGAUGGGGUCUCCCAAUUUUUGCCCACCUACUGCUAAGGUGGUUCCCUGUCCCUCUCCCUUGUUCCCAUAGUAAGGGUCCCCUUCCUCUUUGAGACCACAGCUAUGUGCCUCCAGGAACUGGUCACAAAAGUCAUGUGCUCCUGCUGGGCACUGCCACCUUUGCCCUGAGCUGUGGGGUUGCAAAGAAGCAGUCCUCUCCUGGAGACCCUGGAGGCGGGAGAGCAACACUCAGCAAAGAAGCCAGAAGUUUUGUCCUCAAAUACUUUUUAAUAAAUAGACAAAAUCCA